CUAAACAUUAUUCUACUCUAUUAUAAAAAAGGCUUUAGAGUUAAGGUGUGAAGCUAUGUGGAGCACCAAAGACAUGAGGAACUGGAUUUCUUGGCAACAGAUCAUGGUGACGACGCAUACGACUAUGAUGACGACGCAUCCGAUCAUGGUGACGACGCAUGCGACCAUGGUGACGACGCAUCUGACUAUCGUGACAAUGGGUCCGAAUGCGGUGGGAAUCCACUCAGAGGCAUAUGGGAGUUUACUCUCUUGUUACCCCCCUAUCCUGCAUUCCCUCUCUUUACGUUACGUACUACGGACUGUUGGCCACGCUGAUCGUACAGUAAAACGACCAGCGGCUCUAUUCAUAAGCACUGCAAUCUCUAGGGCCGUGGAGGUGUGCUUCAGUUCGAUCUGUGAGGGUCGGAUGAGUAAAUUACUAGCAGAGCUAUAUAUCUACAAACCAUCGCCUCCGGCGCAAGCUCCUGGCCGGUGCGGUUCGGCCGUCCUCCCUGCUAGCAUCAUUGGAGGAGUUCGAGGACCCUCUGUCUUGGAUAAUCAGAAGCUUGUAGAGUCAUUGGAAAAACCGUUCUAUAUGGUUCCGUAA